AUGGAAGCAGUGAAUCUUACACAAAUUUCAGACUUUCUUCUCCUGGGAUUAUCAGAGGCACCAGAACUGCAGCCCCUCCUAUUUGGUCUGUUCCUCUGCAUGUACCUGACCACUGUGUUGGGAAACCUGCUCAUCAUCCUGGCUGUCAGCUCAGACUCCCACCUCCACACACCCAUGUACUUCUUCCUCUCCAACCUGUCCUUGACUGACAUCUGUUUCACCUCCACUACCAUCCCAAAGAUGCUGGUGAACAUCCAGACACAGAGCAAAGCCAUCACCUAUGCAGGCUGCAUCACACAGAUGUAUUUUGUUCUAUGCUUUGGUAUGUUGGACCACUUCCUCCUCACUGCGAUGGCCUAUGACCGCUUUGUGGCCAUCUGUCACCCCCUACAAUACAUGGUCAUCAUGAACCUUCGACUCUGUGGACUGCUGGUGUUGGUGUCCUGGAUAACGAGUUCCUUUUAUUCCUUGUUACAAAGCUUAUUGGUAUUACAACUAUCCUUCUGUGCAGACUUGGAAAUCCCUCACUUUUUCUGUGAAAUCAAUCAGAUGAACCAACUUGCCAGUUCUGACACCUUUCUUAAUGACAUGUUAAUGUAUUUUUCAGUUCUUCUACUUGCUGGUGGUCCCCUGGCUGGGAUCCUUUACUCUUACUCUAAAAUUGUGACCUCCAUAUGUGCAAUCCCAUCAGCUCAGGGGAAGUAUAAAGCAUUUUCCACCUGUGCAUCUCACCUCUCAGUUGUCUCCUUAUUUUAUGGUACAAGCCUAGGAGUGUAUCUCAGCUCUGCUGGUACUCACAGCUCACAGUCAAGUGCAGUCACCUCAGUGAUGUACACUGUGGUCACACCCAUGCUGAACCCCUUCAUCUACAGUCUCAGGAACAGAGACAUAAAGGGGUCUCUGAGGAGAUUAGUUGGGGUGACAGCUUUAUAA